CGCUCCAUUAUGAACCACCAUUUUUUAUCAUGUAACUCCAUCCAAUAAUUUCAUAUACUAAUCGGUAUUUGUGUUUGAUCAAUAAGCCAGUCUCUCUACGUAACCCCAAUCGGGAGCUUGCUAUCGGUUUAUUAUGAUUUGCAUGAAAUAAAUAAAGAAAUAGUCUUGUACAUCCGUUAUUAGCAAUUAAAUCAGCAAAAACAUUGAAGAUAUGUACGAAAUUAAAUAAAGCUGAUUACCAAUAUUUAUUUGACUUUGCAAAAGUUCAGAUAGGCAAUGAUAUACUUUAGUUAAUAAAACUCACGAGUCCAAUAAAAAAGUGCAUGUAAUGAUACUUGUUUAUUGGAGAGAAAGUAAACAAUGUGGGGAUAAUGUAUAUAAAAGAAUAUGAUGUAUACAUUGGAUAAGAUGGCCACCGAUUAAUAGUGGAGAGAGUUCAAAUCAAGAUAAGACUUUGUAUUUGGUCCUAAUUGAAAAACUAUACUAAUGGUCACAUCUGCAAUUUUCUAAGAGUAAGUGUUGACAAUGUCGUCUAAACACGAAAAGACUUAAUUAAGCAUAUACACUUUUCGUUGUUAGACACAACAAGUGAACACUUAUUCAAUAAAUAUAAUCAAAAAUCUAAUCUACUAUGUUCAAUAGCUGUGUUCAUGGAGUUACUACGUCAGCAACUGAGAAAGUGGUAAAAAGAAACUUUCUAAAUCCAGCGUUCAGUAACUCCCACCACGGAAAAAUGCAUCGUCUGUGGUUUGGACAGGGACCGAUUGGGAUGAAGAAAAAACUUGACAACAUGAUUGUUGUAUUUUGCUUCCUCACGGGCCUAUUAUAGUGGGCCUUAAUGGGAACCUUGGGCUUAUUUUAGAGUAGAAUGACGUUUUAAUAGGCCCAUAUAAGCAAAACAAAAACCGCCUUUCCUCCGGCAAACUGAUGAGCGGUUAACCCCUGAUUGAAACCUCUUCUCUUCUCUCUCUAUCACUCUCGACGAUCUCAAAAGUCUCAGCCGUACUCGAUUCCCGUGAGUUCUCCCUUUCCCGAUUCUGGAGUUUGUAGCGGCGCUCUUUGCUGAUAUAGUUGGGAGAUGGAGUCCACUGGUAGCGCUAGAUUAGUUGGCGGGAAUCAAGUUUCGCUGCCUUUAACAACAACAACUCAUCAUAGGUUUGCCAAAGUGAAAAGGCAAGGCAACUUUCAACCGAUAAAUGACGUCUUUGCCCCUCAAGCAUACUCCCUUCACGCUAAUCCACACUCGGUGUCUCCGUUUGUGACUCGCCGGAAGAGCCAGAUUAACUCUGACUGUGGUGUUUUCAAGUUGGAGGAGGAAGAAGAUGACUCACUCCCGGAGGUGAAUGGGGUUCACAGUGGAAACUCACGUCCUGUGGAUGUCAAACGAGAACUCGUGAUGCUCUCUCUUCCUGCUAUUGCUGGACAGGCUAUUGAUCCUUUGACGCUCCUCAUGGAGACUGCUUACAUUGGAAGACUCGGAUCUGUAGAGCUGGGUUCGGCUGCCGUUUCUAUGUCCAUCUUUAAUACCAUAUCUAAGCUCUUCAACAUUCCUCUCCUCAGCGUUUCCACUUCUUUUGUCGCUGAAGAUAUCGCUAAGGUUGCCGCUCAAGAUUUAGCCGAAGAGGAUAUGCACGGUGACAGACCUUCUCAAGGUUUACCAGAAAGGAGGCAGUUGUCUUCAGUGUCAACAGCGCUAGUGUUAGCCAUUGGAAUUGGCAUCUUUGAGGCACUUGCGCUGUCUUUGUUAUCUGGACCUUUUUUAAGGUUAAUGGGUGUACAAUCUACGUCAGAGAUGUUCAAUCCUGCGCGGCAGUUUCUUGUCCUUAGAGCACUUGGUGCCCCUGCUUAUGUGGUCUCUUUAGCUCUUCAAGGCAUUUUCCGUGGAUUCAAGGAUACUAAAACUCCAGUCUACUGUUUAGGUAUUGGUAAUUUGCUGGCUGUGUUUCUGUUCCCUUUGUUUAUCUACCAGUUCAAGAUGGGUGUAGCUGGGGCAGCAAUCUCUAGCGUCAUAUCCCAGUACACUGUGACCAUUUUAAUGAUUGUGCUUCUCAACAAAAGAGUUAUACUGCUUCCUCCAAAGAUGGGUUCACUAAAGUUUGGCGAUUACCUAAAAUCUGGGGGAUUUGUUCUUGGAAGGACUCUAUCAGUGCUCAUGACCAUGACUGUUGCCACGUCAAUGGCGGCUCGUCAAGGAGCUUUUGCUAUGGCAGCACAUCAGAUAUGUAUGCAAGUUUGGUUGGCGGUAUCUAUGCUUACGGAUGCACUAGCUUCAUCUGGACAGGCCUUAAUCGCGAGUUCUGCAUCCAAAAGGGACUUUGAAGGUGUGAAAGAGGUUACAACUUUUGUUCUGAAGAUAGGAGUUGUGACAGGCAUUGCGCUGGCUAUUGUGUUGGGGAUGUCAUUCAGUUCAAUAGCUGGUUUGUUCUCCAAAGACCCUGAAGUUCUGCAGAUUGUGAGAAAGGGUGUAUUGUUUGUAGCGGCAACUCAACCAAUCACAGCGCUAGCGUUUAUAUUUGAUGGACUGCAUUAUGGAAUGUCGGACUUCCCUUACGCAGCUUGGUCGAUGAUGGUGGUGGGAGGAAUAUCAUCAGCGUUCAUGCUGUAUGCACCAGCAGGGUUGGGGCUAAGUGGAGUGUGGGUGGGGCUGAGUAUGUUCAUGGGGUUUAGGAUGGUGGCUGGAUUCGGCAGAUUAAUGUGGAAGAAGGGACCAUGGUGGUUCAUGCAUACAAGUCACAAGCGUCUUGCUUAAAAGCUGCGUGCGAGAGAGAGGCGUGCCCCGUGUUCAACUUGUUACAUAUUAUUCCCUUAAUGUUAACUACGUUUUACUCUCUCAUUAUUAGCUUUGUUGGUUAGACAAGACACUCAUUCUUCGAUUUCGUCCUUGUAAUAAAAUCAUUAGUAUUGUGUUAUAUUAUUAGCUUUUAUGAAA